AUGGCAGCUCCCAAGAAGACAAUCCGAGUAGGCUACGUGCCAGAACAUUACCUUGCACCCCUCCACCUGGCAAUUCGUGACCCUUCCUACGCCGAUCUCCCCUUUGAGCUGGAACUCAUCUCCUUCCCCUCCGGAACGGGGCAUAUGAUCACGUCCCUGCGCUCCAAUGAAAUUGAUAUCGGUAUCGGCCUCACAGAAGGCUGGAUCGCGGGGUUGACGGGCAAACAGCAAUUGGAAGCCAGCAAGGCUGCUGGUGAUGAUGGCGGGUACAGAAUUGUAGGACAGUGGGUUGAGACACCUCUACGAUGGGCGAUUGUUACUGGCAGGAACAGAGAGGACCUCAAUGGGGUCAGCGAUUUGAAGGAUUCGCGUGUUGGCGUGAGCAGACUAGGCAGUGGAUCACAUAUAAUGUCAUUCGUCCUCUCCCAACAACAAGGCUGGGCCGUUGAAAGCCUCAAGCCCGUCAUCCUCGGCCCCUUCGCCGAUCUCAGAGAAGGCGUGUCAUCAACCGGCGCAUCCCAAAAGGCCGAAUUCUUCAUGUGGGAACAAUUCACUACAAAGCCAUACUUUGACCCCGUCGUACCAUCGACGACGCCGCCACCACUUAAAAAAAUUGGGGAGAUAUAUACGCCCUGGCCUUCAUGGCUUAUUGUGGCUUCUACAAAGACGUUUCCGACGCCGGAGAGUGAUGUGGAUCUACAGGCAUUGUUUGGUUUGCUUGAUAAGGGUAUUGCUGCUUUUGAGAGCAAUACUGAGGACGUUAUUAAGUUGCUCGGCACGGGAGACUUUAAAUGCACAUACGCCGAAGAGGAUGCAAGGGAGUGGUUGAAAGCGACGAGAUUUGUCAAGACGACUAAAGGAUUGAAUAGCGAGAUUGUGCAGAAAACGGUUGAUGUGUUGAAGGUUGCGGGGGUUAUUGAUCCAGAACUGCCUUUUAGCUAUGCUGUGCAGAGAGUGACUGGUAUCUCCAGAUAG